AUGAAAGCAUUUGACAAGUGGAAAUACGACGAUUAUGGAAUCGAAAAAAGAAUGCCUUGGAUAUCCGGCGCUAAACUAACCACUUCAAGGAACGCAACUGGAGAUCGCCAGUGGGGAACUUUGAUCGGUAAGGCUAAAGAUUAUCGUAUCGAGGAAGAUGGCGCGAAAUCUUGGGAAGGCCUCUGGACAGCUAAGGCUGGUUGCUCGCUCACUUCCGAUCGAUCAUACAAAGCAUGCGUGGAUUUAGUUUCCCAGCAGGGACGCUGGGAUGACAGUAAAGUUAUGUCCACAGGAAAACUACCGUAUUUGACCACUUCCGGUGAUGCAAUUUUGACGAGCGCUGAAAAUGAAGCUGACUUGAGUGGUGCGAUUGUGAUGGAUUCAACAAAGGGGAUAAGUCGACAAAGAACUGGGGUGAAACGACUCUGGCUGCGCGAGGGAACCUGGAGAUCCUGCAAUGAAAUCAAAGUAAAAAAUCAUGGAAGCAAGACGUCAUUGAGAGACGGACUUUACAUGAUUCGUAAGAACGCCCAUGAGUACUUGCCGGUGUACUGCGAUAUGACAUCAGAGCAAGGAGCUUACACUCUACUAGUCACCAGUGCUUCUAACGGUUGGAAAAAGGACGAGGUCAAACUAAAGAAUCCCACAAGACCUUCGCUAUCAAGGGAUUACUCCAUAUUAGGCUACGCUGACCAGAUUAAAGCUUUGAGUGGCGGCAAAACGUUCAAAUAUCGCUUGGAAGCUUACAAGAGAGGGCACUGGGGCGGGGUUUGGACUGCUCCAAUCAAAUACAGCUUUGUCAGUCAAACCAACGAACAAACAGAUGUCACUUUGGUGAAACGUUUCAACCAAUGGCGUUACAACUGGGAAGACUCGCUUGAAAAGCGCAUGCCCUGGCUGGGUGCGAGGCAGAGCUUACUAACAACCUCCACUCACUCGGAUUAUUCCGAUUGGGGAUCAAUUAUCUCCGAGAAAAAAUCGAAUAAUCCAGCGCCUUGGAUCUACGGUGUCAUGGCGAAUCCUGGUGUGAUCUGGUACUGGGUGAACGAAGAUGACUGUGACCAGAGUCGUAACCCAGUUAAUGGAGGGUUAUCAGAAUGGACUCCCUGGUCAAGCUGCAGUAGAAUGUGUGUCAGAGGUGUACAGACACGUGUCAGGCAAUGUAAUAAUCCUGCUCCUAGAUGUGGCGGGGAACCCUGUAGCAGUGGCGUGGUUACUAAGCAAGAGCAGGGGUGUAUGGUCUGCCCAAAAAGUCCUAUCAGAUCUAGCGGGGGCAGUUUUUGUCUCCAACCUGAAAGUGGUAACUGCAAUCCAGCAGAUAAUACGCGACUUGUUUACAUGAAGGACACACCAGAGUGUUCUAAAGACUACAUGGAGUUUACUUACUACAAUGAUAUUCUCACUCAUAAGUGUAGCGGAAAGAGAGUGUGUCCUCUGGGCGGAACAGCUACCUGGGAAACGCCCCUUGUCGUAUCCAGCACUUGCCCUCCGGAGGCGUCCAGGUUUCAAAGGUAACAAAACUUUGAAAUUGAACUUCCUAAAUUACCAAGUUUGAUUUGAAUGCAAGUGAAGCUUGCAGGCCACGAUAAUAAAGAAGUUGAUAAAUUAGGUCAAAUUAUCGUGAUGUAUCAUUAAAUUCCCCCAA